AUGGCUGAAUCCUCCUCGGCCACCGUGGCCUUCCUCGCCACGGUGCUGCCCUUCAUCAGAUCCCACCUGAUAUCUAUAUGUCUCUCCCUGCUCGUCUUCCGCGCCUUCUAUAAGCGGUACGCCUCGCCGCUGCGGUCCUACCCGGGGCCGUUCCUGGCCUCGUUCUCGCGCCUGUGGAAGGUGAUCUCGACGGCGCGGGGCCGCACGCAGCUGGAGCACAUCGCGCUGCACCAGCGGUACGGGCCGGUGGUGCGGAUCGCGCCCAACGAGGUGUCGAUCGCCUCGCCGGCCGCGGCGCGGACGGUGCUGUCGGCGGGCAAGCGCUUCUACAAGACGGACUUCUACGACGUCUUCCCGCCGCCCGAGAACCCGGACAUCUUCACCGAGACCCGCGAGGACGUCCACGCCGCCAAGAAGAAGGUCGCCAACGUGCCCUACUCCAUGGCCGCCAUGCGCCAGCUGAGCCCCUUCAUCGACGAGACCGUCGACCUGCUGGCGCGCCGCCUGGGCGAGUUCUGCACGGACGCCGGGGAGGCGACGCCCGACGAGAAGACGAUGAACACGACGUCGGCGCAGCAGCCGGGCCAGGCGAGGAGCGGCAAGGUCGACCUGGGCGACUGGCUGCACUACUUCGCCUUCGACGUGCUGGGCGAGGUGGCCUUCAGCCGGGCGUUCGGGUUCCUGGCGGCGGGCCGCGACGUCGAGGGCGCCAUCGCCACCAUCGACGCGAGCCAGACGUACAACGGCAUCGUGGGCCAGGUGCCCGAGCUCGACCACCUACUGCGCCGCAACCCGCUGUGGAAGCUGGUGCCGGCCCUGAACCCCAGCAACGCCCUCAUCACGCGCAUCGCCUUCGAGGAGAUGGACAAGCGUCGCCCCUUUGUCGAGGAGAAGUUCCAGGACGGCGCCGGCUCGCGCGACGGCCGCCAGGACCUCCUCGGCAGCUUGAUCCGCGGCCACCUCAAGGAGGGCAGCGGGUUCUCCGAGGGCGACGUGUUUGCGGUUGCGCAUGGAGCCAUCUUCGCCGGCUCUGACUCCACGGCUUCCACCAUGCAGUCCUUCUUCCACCACGUGCUCUCGGUGCCGCGGAUCCACGCGGCGCUCCGGGACGAGGUGGCGGGCGCCGUGGCCGCGGGCGAGAUCCCGGCGUCGGGCAACGUCGAGUGGACGCAGGCGCAGGGCCUGGCCUACUUCCAGGCGUGCCUCAAGGAGGCGAUGCGGGUGCGGCCGGCGGUCGGGGUCAACAUCACGCGGCUGGUGCCGCCCGAGGGCGUCGAGCUCGACGGCCGCUUCUUCCGCGGCGGCACCCGCAUCGCCGUCAACGGCUGGGUGCUGCACCGCGACCGCGAGGUCUUCGGCGCCGACGCCGACGCGUUCCGGCCCGAGCGGUGGCUCGAGGACCCCGAGAAGGCCAAGGUCAUGGAGCGCUACAUGUUCCAGUUCGGUGGUGGCAGCCAUGUCUGCAUUGGGCGCAACUUGGCCCUCCUGGAGAUCAACAAGGUGAUCCCACGUCUGCUGAGAGACUUCCAUUUCGAGCUUGUCUAUCCAAACCGGGAACUCAAGGCACACGCCUCGUUCUUUGUGGUGCAGCAGGGGUUGGAGGUGUAUAUUGAGCGGAAGGAGGCUGCGUAA